AUGUCGGACAACGAAAAUAUAGAUAUAACAAAUCUUAGUGAGGGGAAAAUUGAGAAAUAUAUCCAGUAAUUAGAGACCUCUAUUCAAAAGAGAACUACAAUGUAUGGGUUAGAUGAUUUAACAGUAAGUGAUUGAAAUUAACGAAAUAUUAGAUGAUGAGAUAGAAUCAAAUCUUGUGUAAAUUAUUGAAUCACCAAGGUCUUAUAGCUCUAUAAAAAUAAAAUUACGAAUAAUGUAUUGAAUAUUUACGAAAAGCAGAACUGGCUACAAUUUACGUACCAGAAUUAAAGGUUUGUUUUAACGAUAACAUAGGUUCAAACUUUUAAUAAUUUGGCUUGUUAUUAUAGAAAGAUGGGAAAAACUAGAACUGCUCUUUAAUAUUUACAAUAGGCAUUGUCGAUUGAAUUAUAGUAUUUAUAAUCUUAUAUUAGAUAAAAAUAAUCCACUUCACUCCCUGACAUCUAUUUAAAUCUAUGUGCAGUUCUUUCUUAAUUAGAAAGACAUGAAGAAGCCAUACAACAUAUAUAUUUGUCAAUCAUUAUGUUACAACAUGAAUUACUUAUAUCUUCAUUGUAAAAACCUGAAUAAAAAUAAGAUUAAUCUAAUGAACAAUGUAUACGUUUAAUAUUCUAUUUUAAGCUUUCCCAUCAAGAUAAUCAAGUUUUUAAUAUGUAAAUACUGUUAAAUCACAUUAUAAUGAAAGUAAAAAAAUAUAAGAAAGAAUGUCAAUUUUAGUUGUUGCAUAUCAUAAUCUAGGAGUUGAAAUGGAACAUUUAAAAUUAUAAUUUGAAUCCAAGAAAAUAUUUCAAUCUGCUUUAUAAUUAUCAGAAUAAUGUUUACCUUAAGAACAUUAAUUAAGACAUGCUCUAGAAGAAAUAACUAAAAAAUAUAAUUAAGAAUAAUAAUAACAAUAAGUAAAUGAGUAACUUACUCUUAAACCGCUUCUUCCUAAAGUUUAUCAAAAAAAUUCAGAACUUAAAUAAAUAUAUAAAAGUGUUUCUCCUAAACAAAUACUUAGAAGAAGUACUUAGUUGCAAUAAUAGAAAAUCAAUCCUAAUAAGAAUCUCAAAUUUAUGAAAAAGAAUUCAUUUAGUGAAACCUAUAGACUUGAAAGAGAUAGAAUUAUGAGUAUCAAUGCAACAGCUGAAGUUAUUAUCAAGAAUUAAGAAAAUAAAGACUUAAGCAAUUUUCCAUAUUUGAAAACAGCCAUAGAUACCGUUAAUUAAACAUCCAUAUUUUGA